GCUGUCAUUUGGCUGUUAUUGAAAACCGGCGACCGCUUUAGCCUGGAAGUGUUAGCUUUCUGUUUAUUAAGGGAACAUGGUUGUUGACCUGGUUUUACAUGACCUGGCUGGCGGCGGAGCCUCUAAUGACAGAUGGCGUUGCUGAUAAGUCUAGUGAGCAGGUUAGCAACAAGCUAGCGGGCCGUUGUCAGCCAGGACCCAGAAAAGCAUCAUCAUCAUCAAUGGUGUGUCUACAUCCCGGAGCCGUCACAUUUUCCUGUGUCCGCUCAAUGAACCAUCUCCUCAGCUCUCAUCACAGCUGCACAUGUAUGGCGUUUGCGAGGCUCGGAGGGGAGUUUUGCCAAGCCCAGCACCUGCUGCUUAUUGUGGACAAGUGAACAGGAGACACCAGCUAGGCGCAAACACUGCCAUUGACGCACACAGGUCCUUACUGCCAUCCUGUUCAACCCAUAUGAAGACAAGCCAACCUUCAGCCUGUCACCUGUCCUGGGGAGUAGGAGAGGCUUCAGUUUUAUCCCAGGAGUUUCCUCACAGCUCUUCUCCUUUCCUGCUUUUCCUUCCUUCUUCUGCUCUGAUUCGUCUUCUCUGAAUGGGCUAGUAGAUUUGAAAGAAAGGAAGGACAGAUCUUCUUUCUGUCUUUAUUUUUUUCCUCUUUUUUUUCUCCGACUGUGGGUGUCUGCUCUCCAUUCUUUUUGAUCCCAAUCUGUUAGAUUUUUAAUUUUUUGUUUAAAACCAAGCCAAUUUUAGUUUUUCCUUCAUUGCCAAAAAGUUUAGAUUUUUUACCCCUCUAUUUCUAUCCUAGGAAACUGGUCUUUCAUAUUGUUUUUGUUCUUUGUUUUUAAUUAGUGAAAUUAAUUGCGAAGUGGUUUUGCAUUUUUUUGUCCUUAAGUAGUUUUUCUUUUAGUGCAAAGUUUUUUUGUUGCUUUUUUAAAUUUAAAUAAUCAGAAGACUUUUGCUUUGAUUCGUUUGAAGAAGACCCCGUCUGUCAGUCUUUGAAGCACAGAACUUUUCAGAUCUUUUAUUCUGCAUUAAUAAACCUUUGAGCGUCUAAAAAUGAACCGACCGGCCCCGGUGGAGAUCUCUUAUGACUGCCUGAGAUUCCUCAUUACGCACAACCCCACCAAUGCACAACUGGGAAGGUUUAUAGAGGAUCUGAAGGCAUAUGGAGUAAACACCUUGGUGAGAGUGUGUGCCGCUACAUAUGACAAGACACCAGUGGAACAAGAGGGUAUACAUGUCUUGGAUUGGCCGUUUGAUGAUGGUUCCGCCCCCCCAGACCAGGUGGUUGAUGAUUGGCUGACUCUGCUGCAGACAAAGUUCAGAGACGAGCCUGGCAGCUGUGUGGCUGUGCACUGUGUUGCUGGAUUAGGACGAGCUCCUGUGUUGGUGGCGGUGGCUCUAAUUGAGUGUGGGAUGGAAUAUGAAGAUGCUGUGCACUUCAUAAGACUGAAGCGCCGCGGAGCGUUCAACUCCAAGCAGCUGCUGUACCUGGAAAACUACAAACCUAAACUGUGUCUGCGCUCCAAAGAUGCCAACGGACAGAGCUGCUGUAUACAGUAGGAAUCUUCAGCUCCAAACAUCUUCACUGCAGCUACAUAGGAGACUUUCACCUUUUAAUGUUAAACAGAAAGUUGACAUGUUUGGGUAAAUGUUUUGGUAACAUUAAAGCCCAUGAAAUCUAUUUAGAGCACUUAAUGUAUUUCCAAAAAAUAAAGGAUAUCACAUCAAAUUGCUGAAAUCUGCUAAAAAAAAGUGAUGUUAAAAUUUUUUUAUUUCUGCUCUGUGGUCUGUGAACUCACCUCAAUAUGUAGCAAAAAUGCACAAAUACUUAACCCAUUAAAGGAUGACCCCACAGUCAAAAUGAAUUGAUUUUAACUGUCAGCUUUACUGUGAAACCAAGCUUGUUUGGCUGUAAAGGUAAAAAAAAGAAAAAGAAAAACACAAACAUUUAUUUUGAUGGUCCCUCUCUCAAGUCAUUGUUACAGUAGAAGCUACGGUAAAUGCCGUUGAUGUUAACAGAUUUGAUCAGAUCUAAAUUCACAUUGGGUACAGACCUUAUAGAAAAUGGUGUGUCAGUAGUCGAGUAUGUUUGACAGUUGAUUCAUUCUUGUGAUGUUAAACUGGUCUGCAGCUUGAUAUUUGUCCUAGGCUCCAACACUGCAAAUGCUGAAUAAAUAGUUGGCAGUAUGUGCUUUCAGAGGCUUGCUGGUUUAUUGCACAUCAAUCCACACAGUGGUUCAGGCUGAUAUGUUUAUUCCAAUAUCUCCUCUCUGACCAAAUCGAUGUCCUGCAGCAGAAUGUGGCGCAGAUUAUAAAGAACUCAUGAAGCAAAGCAUAGAAUAUUUAAUGGAGCAGUGUGUAUGAUUUUGGGAGAUCUAUUGGCUAAAAUGCUAUAUAAUAUUCACAACUAUGUUUUCAUUUAAUCACAAGAAACUAAGAAUUGUGUUUCUUUUCAUAUCUGUAUAGAGAGCAGGUGUCUUCCUUGGAGCCUGCUCUGUUAUAUGGCCAUUAUUCUAUAGUGGCCCAGAACAGACAGACCAAACACUGGUUCUAGAGAGGGCCUUUUGCAUUUUUACAUUACUGCAGGUUCUCUGGCACACCUGGAAAAGGAGGCUUGAGGGGAGGUGUGUUCAGUUGAUUGCAAUCUUCAACCUCACCACUAGAUGCCACUAAAUCGUACACUCUGCUCUUGUAGGAAUUUGCUUGAAGGAAUACUUAUCCCGCAAAAUGACCAAUUGUUUAUCAGUUACUCACUCCAUGUUACUUUUAUAACGUUGUUUUUCUCGUAUGUCUCCAUGAUAAACAAAGAAUACAAAAAUGGAGAAAGUUCUUGAUGAAUUGAAGUGGUGACCACGUUUAUCAACAGCAAAGCUAUAUCAAAACUUUGAACUCUCACACAUGCAUGGGCAGUUUAUGAAAAAUUGUUUAAUAGUAGGGUUUUGGUGAAAAUGCAUGUGUUUUGGAAGUACUGAGCAUAAAAGUGGAUAAGUGAGACUUGGAUUAUACUGCAUGAGUUGUGUAAGAGUUCGUAAACUGAUGUUUUGAUACAGCUUUGCUGUUGUUAAAUGCAGCCGCCUAUGAUUGUUCACCGUGGAGGCACUUGAGAAAAAAAAAGUUUUUUUCCUGAACUCAGCGUAACAUGAGGUGUCUAGCUGACACACAAAUGUUCUUUUAAGAAAGACUAAAAGUUUAAAAAGAUUUAUAAAUAUGACAUAUGCUGUAUAGAACAAUACAACCUACCUACUGUGUGUCCCAAGUCAGAAUCAUAGGCACACAGUCUGCUUCUCUAGAACAAAUGUGUGUUGGCUGUAAAUGUUUGACACUGUCCUGCAUAAUGUCACCAAGGUGAGAAGACCAACAUGCUAAAAGCUCAGUUGGUGAAUGUAUUUAUAAAUAACACUUUAAGGUUUUGGUAGAUUGUCCUAUUAGCUGUCAAGUGUGAAGAACACGAAUGAAAUCAUCAAUAUGUCUCUAAUUCUUUGGCCCCAGUGCUCUAAACCUCCACUUUAACAUACACAGUGUCUAUCUACACAGUGUAUGAUGGAGUGGCAGCAUACAGUAUGUGAUUAGUCUUCCCACUAGCACUUUGGCAUAGGUAAUACUGAGUGGUAUUUGCAUGAUAACAGUAGGAUCUACUGUUGACUGAUAGUAGGCUCUAUGCAGACACAUGAGCAUGUACUAUUUACUGUAAGAAGGUAAAGAAAUAAGCUAGCAUUUAAGUAGGAGUGAUAAAAACGUCUGUCAUUUUGGUGCCCUGUGUUUUAAUCAUUGAAUAGUCAAAUGUACUAAUGGGACAAUCUCCUGAAUACUUAAUGUAUUCCUAUAACAACCAACAUGGAACAGGACUGUGGACCCAACAUGGCUGCCGCUGAAACCUUAGUGGCCAUAGUUCUUAUCUGUCUCUGGCUCUGUACCUACUUAGCUGUCUGGUCAGCUGCUGUGUGUGUAAGAUGCUGUUGGGUCUCUGUGAUGUUAUUAUUUUUUCUAUAGCUUUUCUUUUCUUUUCUUGUACCCUUUACCUGUUUGUACUUAUUUAUUUAUUGAUUCCACAGUGUUUCUUUGUGAAAUGUCUGUCUGCUAGAAAACAAAUCUAGUGGUCUUGUUGGAAAAUUAAAGUGUUUAAAGUAA